UCCUCGGGCAGUGCCUGGCCGCCCAGUGCCCCCGUGGGUCGGCGGUGGGGCGUCCUGGGAAGGAUCUGCACCGAGGGAAGGCUCGGCGGACCCGACGGCCGCAGGCUGGUGAGCUGUGAUCGAUCGGGCCUUGGAAAUGGCUGGAAACUGCUCCUGGGAGACCCAUCCUGACAGGAACAAGAUGUGCCCCGGCGUGAGCGAGGCCCCGGAGCUGUACAGCCGAGGCUUCCUGACCAUCGAGCAGAUGGCCCUGCUCCCGGCGCCCGCCGUCAUGGACUACAUCUUCCUGCUGCUCUGCCUGUGCGGCCUGCUGGGCAACGGGCUGGUCCUCUGGUUUUUCGGCUUCUCCAUCAAGAGGACCCCCUUCUCCAUCUACUUCCUGCACCUGGCGGGCGCCGACGGCGCCUACCUCCUCAGCAAGGCCGUGCUCUCGCUCCUCCACGCGGGCGGCGUCCCGGGCCCCCCGGCCGACUACGUGCGCGGCGUGGCCCGCAUGGCGGGGCUGUGCGCGUUCGUGGCCGGCGUGAGCCUCCUGCCGGCCGUGAGCGCGGAGCGCUGCGCCUGCGUGGUCUUCCCGGCCUGGUACCGGCGCCGGCGGCCCAGGCGCCUGUCGGCCGUGGUGUGCGCCCUGCUCUGGCUGCUGUCCGUCCUGGCCACGGCCGUCCACAGCUACUUCUGCGUGUUCCUGGGCCGCCGGGCCGCCGGGCCGGCCUGCAGACACACGGACAUCGCGCUGGGCGCGCUCCUCUUCCUCCUCUUCUGCCCGCUCAUGGUGCUGCCCUGCCUGGCCCUCGUCCUGCACGUGGAGUGCCGGGCCCGCCGGCGCCAGCGCUCCGCCAAGCUCAACCACGUGGUCCUGGCCGUGGUGGCCGUCUUCCUGGUGUCCUCCAUCUACCUGGGCAUCGACUGGUUCCUCUUCUGGGCGUUCCGGAUCCCCGCGCCCUUCCCCGAGUACGUCACCGACCUCUGCAUCUGCAUUAACAGCGGCGCCAAGCCGCUCGUCUACUUCCUGGCCGGGAGGGACAAGUCGCAGCGCCUGUGGGAGCCCCUCAGGGUGGUGUUCCAGCGCGCCCUGCGGGACGGGGCCGAGGCGGAGCCCGCGGGCGCCACGCCCAACGCCGGCACCCUGGAGAUGCAGUGUCCCCCCGGGAACGCCUCCUGAGAGGCCCGCGCCCGGGGACCCGAAGGGACGAGACGCCCCCGGCCCAGGAGGGGCUCCGGGGAGGGACGAGACGUACAGCCUGUGGUCCUGAGCCCCCCAAGUCACCCAGACCCCCCCCCCCGCGAUCAGGGCUGCCCCUCCCCCAAGGCCGGUGAGCGAAGGAGAGACGGCGGCCGACAGCUGUACCCCCUUCUGCCCCCCCCCCCCCGCCAGCGCGUCUGGACAGGGGCCCGGCCAGCUCCGCCCCCGCCGGGCCAGCAGGGAGGGGGCUCCCCAAGGCCGCUGCUCCCGGGCGCCCCUCGGCCCGCAGGGAGUCUGGGCCUGGCGAGCCACUGGACACAAGGAAGACGGUCGGCCUGGUCGGCCUGCUUCAGCAGCGGCUUGUCCUGACUCUGCGCCCGGCCCCGGCGGCCCCCCCGAGCGCCCCGAGUCCUCUGGGCCGCCACAGGCCACGCCGGCAGCUUCUGCACCGAGCCCCGGGCUCUGGCACGACCCCAGCGGGCGGGGGGGGGGCUCUCCCCCCUCCCCCACGGCGCGGCCCCCGGCUCCCCCAGUAAGCACACUGGCUUGCCUAGCCGAAGGAAGCGUUGUUUUGUAAGACAAUAAAAUGUAUAGC